AUGAGCAAUAUCAAGAAGAUUUAUACAUGCAGUUAUUGUUCGAAGACGUUUUCCAAACCAAGUGCUCUCAGACCACAUGUAUAUACCCAUACUGGAGAAAAGCCAUAUACCUGUCAUGUAGAUGGAUGUGGGCGACAGUUCUCAGUGGUGAGCAAUCUACGUCUGCAUUUCAAGCUACAUACAACAGCAGCAGCCAACAAGUCGGCAUUAUCUAUAAGGCAACAACAGCAGCAGCGUAAAACUCAACAUCCUGCUAUUCGUGUACCCCAACAUCAAAGGACAAGGACAUCUCCACCACCAAUGCCACGACGGCUUUUACCUGCAAUCCCAUCAUCGUCAAUGAUACCAACGCCACCAAUGAUCAACGUCAUAAAGCCUUCCACUGACGACAUUGUUGUUACUACUACUACUACUAUGGCACCGCCGCCACCACCAUCCGCUCUUUCAUUUAAUUACAACGAGAAUGGUCAUAUGUCAAUGUGGAUGAAUCCAUAUAUGACCAAUGAUUCAUUCACUUGCCAUCCAUUUAGUGAACAUUGUCAUGAUCUCAACGGUGGAGGAUCAACCUCGGAUACCACAGCCAGCGUACCACCACCUUCAUGUUCCACCAACUUUUUUUUUUCAAUACCACAUGGAUACCACUGA